GGAGAAGAAAGAAGUAUUUUAGUUCGCUCGUUCGUCUGAACAGGCUACCAAACGGACCGCUCCUACAUCUACGACAAACUUAGUGAGGGUUUAAACCCCGGGUCGCUAACGUGCUGUGUGUGUGAGAGAGAGACACUGGUUGCUUCGUUCUCAUCGUCACCUCUCGUGAACCGGAUAAGAGAGCGAGUGCGCGCGUGUGUGUGCGUGUGAGGCCCUCGCCGUAGUGUCAACCCACCGACGGGGCCUACUUGCUGGCACAGCGACACACAGGCCUCCGCGCUGUAGCUUGGCUGGAUUAACAUCGUACCGGUGAAUGGCCCAUUGAUCUCACAAGCAGGAAGGGGGAGGAAAACCUGCUCACCCCGUCCAUCCCACCCCCGUCAGUCCUAAGUUGGACUUGUCACAUUGUCGUCGUCGUCGUCGGCGUCGUCUACCCUCUCGUGACCACUCUCGGUCCCAACAGACAAUGUGUUAAGACGCACCGGAGUCUCAGACGAGCUGGUGACGUGCAGGCAGACGACAGACGACACGCAGUACAGGUUGGAUUAUCAGCUGACUCAUCGCGUUUCACACGGCGUCGACGUGGCCCGUGGUCCGGAGAUUUCUACAGUAGGUGAGAAAGUUUUGACAAAAGUCGCUCGAUGCAGGCUUUGUGACUCACAAGCCCAGCAGUACCUUCUUGGUCAUCACGUGCAUAUCACGUGACAGGCUGCCAUGGAAACGCUACUCGGAGUCUUAGUCUUCCUUCUCUGUGUUCUUGUGCAAACUUCCGUCGCAGAGUCUUUUCCUGGUGUGUGGGGGGACUGGUCAGACCCCUCAGAAUGUUCGCGAACGUGUGGAGGUGGUAUUUCUCAUCGUACUCGCAAGUGUCAUCAUGGCACAAGCCCACACGUUAGCAGCGGGUGUCAAGGGGAGAGCAUCAGAUACGCCUCGUGUAAUACUCAGCCCUGCCCAGAGGCCUAGAAGACUUCAGGUCUGUUCAGUGUUCACGUUUCAAUAGCCAGGUAGUGAACAUAAACGGUAACUCGACCAUCUACACCUGGGAGCCCGUUGACGACGAUAGCAAGCCAUGCUCGCUUAUUUGCCGCACGAAGGAGAGCGGGACGGUGAAGACACUGCAGGAACGAGUGGUGGACGGAACCGAGUGCGACUCCUUCGACACUCUCGGAGUCUGUCUUGCAGGUGCCUGCACGAACGUUGGCUGUGACCGUCAGAUCGGCUCAACGGUUGUGGAGGAUAAAUGCCGUGUCUGUGGGGGACAUGGGGAGACCUGUCAGACGAUGAACGGAGUCUUUGACAAACAGAAUCUUGACCAGGGUGAGAAUGUGGUCACCAUCAUCCCCCUGGGAGCUACAAGUAUCUUCGUCCGUGAGAUGUCGCCAUCGUCCAGCAGCUUGUUGCUCAAGGACACCAGGGGGCGUGUGUAUCUCGAUGGAACGAAGGUGGAAGACAACUCUCACUUCGUGGCUGCCGGCGCCAAGUUUCGAUUCAUGAAGGACAUGUCUGAUGGCGUGGCUCUGGAAUCACUGACUUCCUUGGGACCUACCAACUCCUCAUUACAACUUUUGUUGAUGUUCAGGGACCAUAACCCUGGCGUCCAGUUUGAGUAUUCCAUCCACAGAGACCGGGUCCUGGAAUCGAACCCCAAUCAGCGGUUUUCGUGGAUGUUCGGGGCAUGGACUAGCUGUUCUGAAGAAUGUGGCACUGGCUACCAGCUGCGUGCCGUGUCCUGCAUAGACCGCAGCUCGGGAGGGUCUGUGGACGAUGGGAGGUGCAGCCAAGCGGACAGGCCGGCCAGCAACCAGACGUGCAGCGUCAAGCCGUGUGGGACCGCCGACAAGCUGUACCGGUGGGUACCCGGCCACUGGGGGCCGUGUUCCGUGCAGUGCGGCAUCGGCGAGCAGACGCAGAUGAUGUACUGCAUCGAGACGGGGGCCCGCGGCGACACGGUGUACGUCAACGACGAGCUGUGCGACCGCUACGCCGACAACCACCCGUUGUACAAGCGCGCGUGCGAGGGCGAGAGCGAGGACUGCCCCUACUGGGCCACCGACGCCUGGGAACAAUGCAGUGUCACCUGUGGCUACGGGGUGCAGAAAAGACGCGUGUUCUGCCAGCGUGACCCCUCUGACCCUAAGGAGGAGCCGCAGGUCGUGGAUAGCAGCCAGUGCUCCGAGGAGCAGCCUCCCGCAACCUUGACCUGUCGUUUUGACCCCUGCCUGGAUGGGAGCAACGCCCACAGCAUGGUUGAAGUGGAGGGGUCAGACGGCGACAUGUGCGAGAACAGCGUGUUUGGCUGCUGCAGCGACGGUGUUACAGUUGCAGUAGGCCCCGACAACCAAGGCUGCCCCGAACAGCCCUCGUCUCAAAAUGCCUGCCUGCUGGAGUCGGACGGGGGGCCGUGCUCGGACUACACCAUCAAGUGGCACUUCAACCCCCAGGACAGCAGAUGUCGCGCUUGGUAUGGAGGCUGUAAGGGCAACGACAACCGCUUCGCCACCGAAGAAGAGUGCGAAGCGAAGUGUUUGAAGAAAGAUCGCAGUUCUGAGACCACGGUCACGGGAGACUGCACCUCGCGUGUGUACGGGUGUUGCCCGGAUGGCGUGACUGCGGCCAGGGGACCCAACAUGGAGGGCUGCGUGGACACCGUGGACAGCGGGACGGCCAGUCUUUGCCAGCGGUCGAGGUUCGGGUGCUGUCCAGACGGGGUCACAGCGGCCGAAGGACCAAACCGGAAGGGCUGCGAGGCAGAAGGGUGGUUUGACCCUUGA